GUGCAAGAUCCAGUGAUUGCAGAGAUAAGAAGCUCUCAGGAAGCUGGCAUGCAAACAGAAAUAGACUGAAAGAAAACACUUCAGUGAAGCUUUUUAAUUUCACAAAGAAUUGUUCUCCGCUGAUAGAUUCUUGAAUUUUAUUCUCUGAUCAUUAUUAUUUUUUUGCUGAAAAGCUCAGAGCUGGAGGAAAGGUUCUUGGACAGCGGGUAACGCCACAAAGAAGAGAUAAGGACAAGGAAGUUAGUGACUGUGGGAUUGGCUGUCACGUAAGAGGAAAGUUACUGACGACAUGUGAUUCAGACAGAAUCAGACCGGCCGUGAAUGUUGACAGAGGCGGCAGACGGACGAGCUGCUGGAGUCAGAACUUCAGGAAGAACUGCCACACCGGCUUCACUGGAGAUAUUCCUCUACAUUUUGGGAUUUUAAUUUUCCUCGACUUUUUAGCUUGUUUUUGUAGCAGAGUCAAUCAUGUCAGAGGAGAAAAUAUUAUCCUACAAGGAGGCCAUUGAAAAAGCCCACUCCUCCAUCUCUCGUUUCCCUCUCCUCCCCAUCAGAGGAAUUCCUCUCAUGUGCCACAUCGCCAACAACUGGGACUCCAUCUGGGCUUUCCGUCCGGACCCGUCAGAUCUGCUCAUUGCCACCUACCCCAAAGCAGGGACCACAUGGACACAGGAAAUAAUUGACCUGCUUCUUCACAACGGGGAUGCCGAGGCCUGCCAACGAGCCCCCACCCCGGAACGCAGCCCCUUUCUAGAAAUUUGUUCCCCACCGCCGAUCCCCUCAGGGCUUGAACUUCUGGCUAACAUGGAUCCACCACGUCUCAUUAAGACCCAUCUUCCUUUUCAGCUGGUGCCUCCAGGAUUUUGGGAAAACAAAUGCAAAACUAUCUAUGUGGCACGCAACGCCAAAGACAACCUGGUGAGCUACUACUACUUCCAUCUAAUGAAUAAGACCCAGCCUGAGCCGGGGCCCUUCGAUGAAUUCGUCCACAAGUUUAUGCGAGGAGAGCUAGCUUGGGGCUCCUGGUAUGAUCAUGUGAAAGGUUACUGGGAGGAAAGGGAAAAGAAGAACAUCCUUUACAUCUUCUAUGAGGACAUGAAGGAGAACCCUCGGCGUGAGGUGGAGCGCAUCAUGAGGUAUCUGGACUUGUCGCUCUCCGACGAGGUGAUCAGCCGAAUUGUGGAGCUCACGUCUUUUAAGAGCAUGAAGGAAAACCCGAUGGCCAACUACUCCUGCAUCCCGACACCUGUUUUUGAUCAGUCCAUCUCCCCCUUCAUGAGGAAAGGAGAAGUUGGCGACUGGAAAAACAAUUUCACGCUCGAGCAGUCGAAGAUCUUUGAUGAAGAUUACGAAAAGCAAAUGAAGGAUGUCGACAUACCUUUCAGGAACCUCAUCUAAAGGGUUCUUUUGCCAACAUUCCCCCUGCAACCCAAAAGGCCGACAAACGAACUCUGUUGAGCACUUAAACAGCGGCAACGUUGUCCGGAGAUCUGAUAAAUAUACGACUCCAUGUUGCACUCUGUAAACCCUGCAGUUCUCCAUGUGUCCACAUACAAAAAUGUGUUAAAGGAUGAAUAAAAAUGUGCUUCACAACACAA